GCCACCGCCAGCAGCCGCUGUAACCUCCCCGUCCCCCGGGGCCGGCGCGUCCCUCCUUUCCCUGCCGGCCGGGCGAGGUGUUUCCCCGCGGGGGCGCGGACCGGCCGCCCGCGACCCGAGAUGUGACCAUGGACAGCAGGAUCAAGCAAAAUCCAGAAAGUACAUUUGAUUUGGUACUCAAGGUAAAAGGCCAGGCUUCUGAAAAUGAAGAUCCGGUGGUACUGUGGAAGUUCCCGGAGGACUUCGGAGACCAGGAGAUGCUGCAGAGUGUGCCGAAGUUCUGCUUUCCCUUUGACGUUGAAAGGGUGUCCCAAAAUCAAGUAGGACAGCACUUUACCUUUGUGCUUACAGACAUUGAAAGUAAACAAAAGUUUGGAUUUUGCCGGUUAACAUCAGGAGGCAAAGUCUGCCUCUGUAUUGUAAGUUACCUGCCAUGGUUUGAGGUAUACUACAAAUUGUUAAAUACUCUGGCAGAUUAUUUGGCUAAAGAACAGGAAAAUGACUUGAAUGAUAUGUUAAAAUCACUGUAUAGCCACCCUGUGCCAAAGGCAAACACUCCUGUCAGUUUAAACGUGAAUCAAGAGAUGUUUUUUGCAAGUGAGCAAGUUCUGAAAAAUCAGCCGUACCUAGUAUCGCAUUCGUACUUCAUUACUCCUGAUCUAACUGGAUUGCCAACAAUCCCAGAAAGUAGAAAUCUUACUGAAUAUUUUGUUGCUGUGGAUGUGAACAACAUGAUGCAACUUUAUGCCAGUAUGUUGCAUGAGAGACGAAUCAUUAUUACCUCUAGCAAACUAAGCACUUUAACUGCUUGUGUUCAUGGGUCAGCUGCAUUGUUAUAUCCAAUGUAUUGGCAACACAUAUACAUCCCAGUGCUUCCUCCACACCUUCUGGACUACUGCUGUGCACCGAUGCCCUAUCUAAUUGGAGUUCACUUAAGCUUAAUUGAAAGAGUAAAAAAUAGAUCACUGGAGGAUGUGGUUAUGCUAAAUGUUGACACAAACACUCUAGAAAACCCAUUUAAUGACCUGAACAACCUACCUAGUGAAGUGGUCUCAGCCUUGAAAAAUAAACUGAAGAAGCAGUCUACAGCUACGGGCGAUGGAGUAGCUAGGGCCUUCCUUAGGACACAGGCAGCAUUGUUUGGAUCUUACAGAGAUGCACUAAGAUACAAACCUGGAGAGCCUAUCACUUUCUGUGAGGACAGUUUUGUGAAGCAUCGUUCCAGUACUACCAAACAGUUCCUAGAAACUGCAGUGAAUCUUCAACUUUUUAAACAGUUUAUUGAUGGUCGACUAGCAAAGCUAAAUGCAGGAAGAGGGUUCUCAGAUGCUUUUGAAGAAGAGAUCACUUCUGGAGGCUUCUGUGGAGGAAAUUCAAAAUCUUACCAGCAGUGGGUGCAUACAGUAAAGAAAGGAGGUGCACUAAUCAACACAGCCAUGACCAAAGCCAGCCCUGCUGUGAAGACAGCGUACAAAUUUGCAAAAAGUCAUGCAAAGCAGGGAAUAAAAGAAGUGAGGAGUAAGUUAAAACACAAGGAGAGUGAUGAAGAAUAUGGAACUUGUAGCUCUGGUGUACUACCGUGUGCACCAGUGUAUACAUUACACAAUCAGAAAAGAGGAAAUUCAGAAAAACGAAGACUUGCCCAGACGCGUUUCAACCAACAACUUCCCAAUGUCAGCAAUCAUGAUUCUGCCCUGGAUGAUGAUGAUGAAAUGGACAGAACAAGCAAGUUAUCGUCUGAAGACAGCGAGGAAGCUUCCACUUAUUUUUAUGAUAGUGACGAUUCUGGUGAAACAGGAGUAAAGUCUUAUCACACAGGAGAAAUGGACUUGCUGGGAGAGAUUUUGGACACGCUGAGCACACACAGUUCAGAUCAAGGAAAGCUCUCAGGAGCAAAGAGCCUGGAUUUCUUUAGAUCAAUGGAUGAUAUUGAUUAUAAGGCUAUGAACAAGUCUAGUGCACCUAGUGAGAGCAACCUCGCUCUGCUCUGUAGUGGUACUAAUGAUCUAGUGGAGUGGAAUCUUGGUCAGGAUGAUAGUGUUCUUCGUGGGAAACAGCUCCCUCCAUCGCCAAGGAAGCAAGUUGAUUUUAGUGACCAGAUGGAAUCUGUCUCUGUGCUGCAAGAGGAAAAUAGUGACAAAAUCCUUAGUGCUGACCAUGUGGAUUUCCCUAAAGAUUUUGUAAAGUCAUCUUCUCCAACACGAUCAGUUGCACAGCUUGCUUCUCUGGAAUUUUCCCAAGUAGAUGACUCCUUCCAUAGGAAGAUAAAACCGAAUGAAACACUAAGCAAUACCUCAGAGGAUCAGCUCCCAGUGAACCUUUGUCAGCAUCCAUCCAUUCUAAUUCCUUGGCAAAAAGAAAGGGAUGAAGGAAAGGAAACCCCAGAAGAAAGCGGGCUUCUUCAUGAAGUUGUGUCAUUAUGUAAAAUGACCUCUGCUUUCCACCACAGUUUAAACAUUUCAGAGGAUCAUUACUCGAGUAAUAGCAGUGGAAAUAAAGCCUAAGGGAACUUUGAGAAGAGAAACUACUUCCAUGAGAGGUUAAAGAGAGAUUACUCAGGAGUCCACGUAAUACAUGAUAACCAAAAGAUCACAAAGGAAUAAUUACUUUUACAUUUUAAAAUACUUCUGUUUGUUUAGUACAUGGAUUUAGACAUCUGCUUAUAUGUUUCUCAGUUAAUUCGUUGGCUGUGUUUAAGUCCACAAGAUGGAACUAAAUAUACUAAUGCACUCUUAAAUCAGGUACUAGUUUGUAUGUAUUGAAAUAUACAACUGGUGCAUGGUGCUUACUAAUGUUCCUUUGUGCAUAUAUCCAGAUACUGAAGGUACUGUAUUAUUCCUGUUGGGCAUGAAAUGAACAAAAGAGUUCAAAUUUUUCAGAAAAUUACAAAUAUCGAUGUUUUGUAAUGAUUUAAUUGCCUUAAUCAUUUGGGAAAAGGUUUAAAUAUCUUACAAGAUGACUUGCAAACAUUCAGAAGAGCAAUAAUGAUUUUCCAUGGCAGGUAUCUCCUUGAGCAAAGGGGGAAAAGACCUUUUCUAAACUAAAAGAUCUCUUGUCAAUAAUAGGGAGCUUGUUAUAAACAGAAACUGUGGCCAUGUCUUCCAGACCUUGAAAAGAUAGUGCAUUCUUUUCUCUCAUGAAGUGCUGAAUUAUAAUGUGAAGUUACUUAACUUCUGUUUACAACUAAGGCACUUUAAAGACAUAUUAUCCAGUGUCUCAGUGUAGAUGUUUUCAUCUAGGAAUUUUCAGAAAGGAAAGUGUAAGUGAAAUUGAUAGAUUUUAUUGCUGUUUUUUAAAUUUCUACAAUUUAAUAAUUCUGUACUAAAAUUAAUUUGUGCCACUGCUGAACAUGACCAUUUGAUUUUUACAAGCCCCCUUUAAAAGAAACACAAAAUUAUUGUUUUUCUUCUUAGGAGUUUUGUUUAGUUGUGCUAUGCAGUAUUUUAAAGAGCCAUGAAUGAAGAUUACUUAUAACACUAGACAUCAAAUUGGUUCAGCUAUUAAGAAUGCAAAUUACAAGAAAGGGAAUUAAAUGGAUGCUGCAUGUACUAUAUUUAGGCAUAAACGUUUAUCCCCCUUCGAGCAUGUAGCAUUCCUAAAGGAUAUUUCUGUAUUUAAAAUUCAAAUAGUAGAUUCCUCCCUGAGUGGAGCACAUCUCUUCAUUGUCCUUGUCCACCCCUCUUUGUCCCCUACCCUCUGUGGAUCAGAACGAGUACUUUCUGGGGUGAACCACACUAGGCCAAAAAUGGCAACUUUGAAUACUGUCUAUUGGCAUGUGUAACACAAAGCAAGGAGUAACAGGAUUUGGCAUUGCAAGGAAUGCUCUCCCACUCUUCCUCACCGACAGCAGGAAUCUUCUUCUGUGGCAAGGACGGCUUAGUGGUAUCCUCAGCACAGACCAGGGAGAGCAAGUUGAAGAAGUUAGGGGUUAGGGGCAGGUUGGGCUGCAGUACUUUGGUAGUGGAUCACUGCACAGGUUAACACCAGUUGUCAUGUUUGGGUUUACAAAGGAAGUUUCCUCUUGGCUAAUGUGAUUUGGCUUUUCUUUUCCUGUUUUAUCACCAUGAGCAUCAGGCAAUUGGUUAUGUCAGGUGGCUCAAGGGAUUUGGUGUGUGAUCCCUUUGGGGAGGUUGUGGGGCAGUGGCUGUUCAAUGCUCUGCCCAUGAGAUCUAGUGUCUAAUACUAUCUUGUCAUUUCACAUAACUUGUUGGCAACAUCCCUGGCAUUGUAAAAGAAGGUCUUGUAUCCCAAACUACAGACUCCGGAUGGGAGAAAAGGAGUGGGGAGGCAGAUUUUAGCAACACCACUGGUGAGGAUGGGCCGCAUGACUGGGUAAUGGUAUGAGGCCCCUCCACCAAGGUGCCCCGUUUUACGUACAAAGGAAAAGGUCAGGACUCACAAUUCAUAAUAUAAUGUCCUUGGCUGAUUAGAACAUGAAAGUUUUUAUAAGUGUGUUCAGUGUAUAUUUCUAAAGAGGACCUCAGCAGCUUAUUGGUGCUGAGGAUGAUUGUAAGAUUUGCAUCCUAAUCUGUAAUAGGGUUUUCUGUAGUACAUAUCACCAUAGUAUCUGAGAUGCGAGUGGAGUCUUUAUUUGUGUUAUCCCAAAAAGUGGCACUUGGCAAAGCUGUGUCUGAGUUACUGAGGACCAAAAUCAUUAACCCAUAAACUAUUAAACAUUUUAGUUGGGUUUUCAGAUAUCAAGAAAUAGGAAGUGUCAGGUCUGAACAGUGUUUAAAUGGCGCAGCUCGAAGGAAAACACAGGAUGUUGCAGGAGGUGGUACAGGAAUUGGGAAGCGGCAUUUUUCUUUGAUGGUCCUGAAUCAGUACCCAGGUGGGUUAUGCUGUGCUGUUAGGGGCAUUUAGGAUAAGACAGGAAAAAGAAAAGUUCUACCAAUCUCUUAGCACUUCUUGUUUGAUUGCUACUCUGAUAACACUAGAAAAAUGAAAUGUUCAGUUGCAUUCUUAUUUGUGUAACUGCAUUUUGCUAACCUUAAUUCCCAGAUUCAACUGAGUACAAUAUUCUUUUCCUGUUGUGUGGGGUUCCUGUGUACAGUCCCACCCUUGAGAAGGCAGCUUUCCUUUGUAGGUUUAACAGGGUUGCCACUCUCUGGUUGCAUGCCUCCUUGCAUACAGGUCAGAGAAAGUCGCUCUUGCCACUCAUUGCUUGCUCUGCAAUAGCCCUUCUUCAAAUAACUUGCCCCUCUGACUAGGUUACCAUUUAUAGUCCACCCCUCCUGGUGGGCUUACAAAGUCCAACAGGACAACUGCCCAGAUGCUGCUGCCAGAUGCAUUCAGCCCUCCUCGGGCUCUGUGCCACUAUACCAGUGGCAGGCAGGGGAAUCCGGAGCCACCUCUUAUAUCAGGUUCCAGCUCAGCGACCUUAUAAUGAGCAAUCCAGGUCCUCAUUCCCAUUCCCUGGCACUGUUUCCCCAGUCUCCUUCCUACCAAGCCUCCAUAUCCUCUCUUUCCUGGUUCUCAGUUUACUACUGGAGCCUACUGUACUCCCCAUGGCUACUUCACCCCUCCUAGCCUCUUGCCAGACUCCUUACACCAGAAAAGGAUCCCAGAGCUUACUCUCGCCUUGGAAUUCCUCCUUGCUUCAGUAGGCCUCCCUCCUUCCAGGGGAGCAACUGUGGACUCCUUUACCUGCAAGCUGCCUGCUGCUUUCAGCCUCUUGGUUUUUUAGUGCUGGCCCAGCCCUCCCCCAAGCUGGGCUUCCCUCUCAAUUAACCCUGGCACUCCUCUCAGGUGACCUAAUUAGUGCGUCAGGCCCUCAUUCACCCUAUCAGGACUGGUGUGGGGUGUACACCAUAUCACAAUAAAUGAAGUGAAUUCUUGGGUAGGGCUAGGAGGAAUCAGAAUGAGAUAAUGUGAAAAGACAUUAGGAAUCUACUGGGAUAAUAGGUACUAUGCACAUUUGUAAGAUGUUAUAUUAAAUGCUUUUAUAUCUUAGAGACUUAUCAGUUUCUGUCUUGGAGGAAAAAAUAAGGUUAUCAGAAAUUCCAGUCAUGUUUACUUUUAAAUCUAUAAAAGCAUCUUUCAGGAAUGCAGCAUGAGAUUUAAGGAUGGGGUUUUCAAAAACAUCUAAUGGACCAUCUUUCACUGAGUUUUGAUAGGAGUUGGGCACCUGACUCCCUUAGGCACUUCACUGGAGGAUAGUUUGUAGACAAUACCAGGUUGCUAAUGUCCCUUUAAUGAUUAUUAGGAGUAAAGCACUGAAAAAAAUGAUUUGGGAUUUGUACAACACUGAUGCCUUGAGGGGUUAUUGUUUUAUAAGUAAUAUUCACAUCUCUGAUAAGUGAAAUUGAAGAAGUAGAAAGUUAAUAGAUGACUCUUAAAAUUCAACUUUUUCAAUUAUUUUUAUUGCAAUAGCCAUGAAUGUGUUAGGGUUGCCACACUAAUGUCAAAUCCUUCCCAUAUUGCUGAUAUGAUUCGUAGAAUGUUUACAGUAUUUUGACUAUUGUCUUCCUUCUUUUUGAACCUACAUACCUUAACAUAUAGCCUCGUUGUCUAUGUCUGAUUAAUUUAAAUUUAGCCACAUUUUUAGAUUCUUUACCACUUGACAUCAAAUGUCUUUUUGAAAGGCUAAUAUUGGUGCCUUAUUUAAACAUACAAAAUUACCAGGCAUCUUCCAUAUUAACAACAAAAAACCAGUUAGCCAUGCCAAAUUUAUCAAAUAGAGUAGCAACUCUGCUAUGUUCAGCCAACACAGCUCUACUCUGUCCUUAGUGCAGUAUCAGUCUGUCUGUAGGCCACGUCUACAGUAUUUUGAUUAUCACAAAGAGUCCCAUGAUAAGAAAAAUUGUCCAUGUCAAGGAUUUUACAAGUUUUCAACUAUUCUCAUCUGUGUGAAUUCUCCUAAUGCCUUCUAAAGCAUCAGCAUUAAUCUUCAUCUACUGAUGAGAGCUGAACUCAGUUCAGUGAAAAAGCUGCUCAGGACUCGAGUAGAGGCACCUGUUUUUUAGCUGAAUCAGUAUCUUUAUGAGCGUCCCAUUUUCCCCCCAUGAGGGAAAUAAGAGAUUUUUUUGAUUUAACAUUGCACUCUCUUAUUCCAUACUUAGGGACAAAGUCCUGACCUAGUCAGUUACACUGGGACUUGGAUUUCAGAUCUUGAGUUCAUCUCUAAUAGAUUGUGCACCGUGCCUCCAUGAAGUGAGCCAUAUCCCCAUUCUGCUUAGAGAAAAACAACAUGAGAGCAUCAGGAGAAGGGACAGUCACUCUUCAGGAUUCCCCUCUCUGACUUUUCCCUGUAUUGUUCCACUGGGGUGAUACAGCUGGGCCCCUCAACCCAUGAGCAGAGGGUUCAUCCCCCAGAACCUGUGGAUCUUCAUGGGUAUUCUGGAGUCCUGGGCCUUGUCUCAUUCCAGCUGUUUUGCAGUAUGACUCCAAUGAAGCCUUUUCAUCAAAUCCCGCACAGGGGGGAAGCAUGAUCUGUGGCCCCCAUUAUAGCCUUCUCAUCUCUCCAUGUGUAGAUCCCCAAUACUGUGAAAAUCCUUUACAGAAGUCCAGGGGUGACAGAACCAUGGAUGCCAAUCCCUGACCUCCCUGUAUGCAUGCAGAGAAGAUCUGUACAGGAGAUGAUUGAGGACAGUCUGUCAGUCACAGUGCCAUGUAUUGGGGUAUCAUCACUUCAAAAAUAGGCUUGUUUUGAAGGAAGAGUGGAGUUCGAGAAGCCGAGAAAUAAUUGUCCUGACUGAAACCUUCACAGUCACGUAACAUUACUGAGAGGGAUAUUGCUGAUUGGCUGAAGGUGGGAUUUUCACAAAGUCUCAGCAUUAGCUAGACUCCGCUUUCAGGGAAGUCAGUGGGCGUUUUAACAUUGACUUCAGUGGGAGCAGACUUAGACAAGCACUGAGCAACUUUGAAAUCCUACCUAACUGUUAAAUUUUUUAAGAUUUCAAAAUUUGGGUUUGUAUGUCUUUCAGGCUGUAGAAUGAGUUUUUCCUAACCUUGUGUUGUUGUUAAUUAUAUAUUUCUAGGCAAAGAAUUUUAAAUCAGUUAAAUAGCCUCUAAUUUUCCAUCCACAAUUAAUUGUGGGUUCAGUUCUACAGAACAAUCAGUUGUGCACCCCUCAAAUCAUAUUGGUAAAUGUCUAUAAUCUGUUUUAUGUGCAUGUAAUUGAUUGAGGGAACAAAACUUCAUGCAGGGAAACUAGAUUCUAGGUUGAGACCCUUUUGAAAAUGUGACCCUUUGUGUAAUAAAACUUACAUUAGUAGCCCAUUCAGGAGCAGAGAGCCUACACAACUGCUGAUCCAUGGAAGCUUUGCCCUCCAUCCUCCCUGUCAAUACUAUUGCAAGGAUUGUGGCUGUUCCGAGGGGUUUACAUAGGGGUUUCUGUCUUAGCAGAUGCUUAUUGUCACAUAGGGCACCAUGGGCAGACUGCCCAAAAGAAGUUAGGUGCCUAAGUCUCUAGUUUUGGGAUCACUGCUAUGCCCAAUAUUCCCACUGAAACCCUGAAGGCAUCUAAACCCACUGGACUCCCUAGAAGCCCACAUGUCUGCCCCUGAGCACACACAGUGCUUCCUCCCCGUGGGCAACUGGAUAUCUAUUUCCUGUGUAAGCCCCAGAAUGAUGCACAAACCAGGAGAAAACAAGCUUUCAGCGUUGAACUUGCCUGAGGGGUCUAAUCCAGUAGGCAUGCUCAAAGGCUGCCCACUGAAUCAGGCCCCUAUAGAUGAGCUUAUACAGAACAGUCAGAGGAAGCAGAGGAAAAGGACCUGUCUUGUAUCUUUUAGCACAGUGGUUAGGGUACUCCCCUGGGAGGUGGGAGAAGGGGUUUGAACAGCGAUCUGCUACCUGUUAGGUGAACACUCUAUUCAUGGGCCUGUGGGAUUUCAGCGGGGCUGAGGGUUUCAACCAAAAUAAUUUGGUGAAGUUAUACAAAUUUAUUAAACGUUUUGGUGUCGCUGAAUCUGCAUUUUUCACCAAAACAAGUUUAGGUUGAAAACUUUUGCCCAGCUGUAGUUGAGAUGAAAAGUUCAAAAGAUGAAAAGUUCACAUUUAGAAUCCACUAACAGUAUUAGCCCUGGAACAAUAGAAGUGGAAUUCCAGUAAAUUGACGUUUGAUUCUGAUUGUUUAAAAUGCUGUUAUGUUUCUGUUAAAGUAAGGGAGCUAUUUGGAUGUGGAAGGACACGUAUUGACUUUCAAAAAAUUACUGGAUUUUGUGCAAUAUUUUUCCUUUUCUUUUUUUGAAGUAAUUUAGUUCCAGCAAAUAUGCACAUCUGCUUUUCAAGCAGAUCCUUGAGAUCAUAUUUUUGGAACUGUAUAAAAUUACAUGUAGCAUUUUAAUAUGGUUGUAUGAUAAAAAUAUAAACAGUACGUUGUCACCUGGCAAAUGUGCAUCUCCAAAUGUGACUGGAAAUGAUUGUGUUUGUCAUGUUAUUGUACUAUAGUAAUAGACAUGGUUUCAGCAGUGAUUAAUAAACAAGUCAGCAAAAGUAAUAAUGUCUAUCUUUUACUCACAGUAUGUUACAAGAACAUAGUGGGAGUAACUUCUGUUUAGACAUUUAGAACUUCUGAUGCUUAGUUUAUCACUUGAUUUUUUUUAACAAGUUAAGCAUCUAUUCUCAAUAUAAUCAAUACAAUCAAUGCUAGAUAAUAAUUUAUGGUUGUUACUGUAUGUAUAUCCAGAAUCUAGUUUGUGACAGCCCUAAUUGUGAUAAAUCAUUGCUCAAAUCAAUUGUUACCAGUACCUUUUAAUUUUUUGUAAAUUAAAUUAUAUAUUGAUGUACAUUUUGUUUUAACCUUCAAGCUUCUGUCGAGAACUGGUUUAAAUUAAUUUACUUGAAUGGGGUGAUAAAGCACUGUGGAAUAGUUAGUUUUGAAUGCAACACACAAACAAGCAUAUAUUGUGUUAAUUCACCAUUUUGUUCAGGAGAAGAUAAGUAAAAAUGUUUCAUUUGUUCAAAGAAAUAACUGUUUUUUUAAAUCUGUGUCUGAAAGAGAGAAGGAAAAAGCAUCAGCAUUGAACAGAGAGUAAUAACCUAUCUUGGCAUUAUUCCUAACUUUUUUCAGAGCUUUUUUUAGCAUCUUUGGAAAAAGUCUUUCUAAAGCUCUUAUGGGCCAGUAGGGACAUCUUUAAUUACCUACAGGAAAGACAUGAAGUACAGGAUGUUUUGAGAUAUAAUGCUUUUAUUGAUCCUUUUAAUAAUCACAGAGGUAUUUAAAUAAAUUGUUAACACUGUUGUCUAGCAUGUUUAUAAUUAGAUCAGCCACUGGCUUUUAUUAAAACUGCCACCAAAUUUAGGACUUUACUCUGUGCUGUCGCACAUUUUAGCCUACAGUAUGAAGUCAUCUUCAGAAUUACAGACCAGACCUUAAGACUACUACCAGUAGCACACUGUGUAUGUACAAUAAAUUGUGUUUUUUCCAAGUUAUAAUGUCAGUGCAAAGUUUUUGGUGAACUCCACGUUACCAUGAAGUGCCCCACAUUGUGUUAUAAAAUAAAAUUUACCAAAAUCA